AUGUCUCACAGAGAAGGUCAGUUUUUACAGAAAUCAGAGAUCUCAUACUGGGGAGAAAUAUUCCUGUUCCAAGUGCGGGAAAUGUUUUUCACGCAAGUCCUAUUUUUAUAUAUAUUAGUGAUUAUACAAGGCGGAGCAGUCAUACCCUUGCCCGGAGUGCAGGAAAUGUUUUUCAAAGAAGUACAGCCAUAUGCCUGUCCAGAGUGCGGGAAAUACUUUUCAGCGAAGACCAGUCUUUAUACACAUCUUGCACGGAGGAGAAGCUGUACUCCUGUCCAGAUUGCGGGAAAUGUUUUACGGAGAAGCCCUUUUCUUUACAUACGUCAGAGAUUUCAUACGGUGGAAAAGCCGUAUCGGGGACAAGAGGGUGAGUGA